GAGGAGGAGGAGGAGGAGGAGGAAGGGGAGGGGGGAUCUUCUCGGCGAGGAUGCCCGGAGCGGCUGCAGGGACGGCGGCGACGGGAGCGGGCUCGGCAGGAGCGGCAGCAGCGGGGAUGCUCCCGGCUCAGGAGGCGGCCAAGAUCUACCACACCAACUACGUGCGGAACUCGCGAGCCAUCGGCGUGCUCUGGGCCAUCUUCACCAUCUGCUUUGCCAUCGUCAACGUGGUGUGCUUCAUCCAGCCCUACUGGAUCGGGGACGGCGUGGACACCCCGCAGGCGGGCUACUUCGGGCUCUUCCACUACUGCAUCGGCAACGGCUUCAGCCGGGAACUCACCUGCCGGGGCAGCUUCACGGACUUCUCCAGCCUGCCCUCGGGAGCCUUCAAAGCUGCCUCCUUCUUCAUCGGGCUCUCGAUGAUGCUCAUCAUCGCCUGCAUCGUCUGCUUCAUCCUCUUCUUCUUCUGCAACACGGCCACCGUCUACAAGAUCUGCGCCUGGAUGCAGCUCACCUCGGCUGCCUGUCUCGUCCUGGGUUGUAUGAUUUUUCCUGAUGGCUGGGAUUCAGAUGAGGUAAAACGGAUGUGUGGUGAAAAGACAGACAAGUACACGCUGGGGGCUUGUUCAGUCCGCUGGGCUUAUAUCCUGGCUAUUAUUGGAAUCUUGGAUGCCCUGAUCCUCUCAUUUCUGGCAUUUGUGCUUGGCAACAGACAAGACAGCUUGCUAGCAGAGGAGCUCAAGUUGGAAAACAAAGAUGAUGGAAAUGCUUAAAACAAGUUAAGGUAGUGUGACACAGACUAAUUCCUUCUAAGCCAAUCCUCACUAGAAUGAGCACAAAACAAACCGAAUAACAGCUUUUGUACAUCAACAUUAAAUGGGAAGAAGCUUGGGAAAGGGCCUCCGAGAGAGAAGAACGCUGACGAGAGCAAAAUGCCUGAUUGGUAAGCGCUACCUUCUAAACAUAGAUCAGCCAGACGUGGAAGUGAUUUUCGGAAGAGAAAUGCAAUCAUGGAUUACACACCAGCUCAUUAGAAACUGUUGCUGAAUACAGCAUCCAGAAGACAUGCAUGAAAAGUCACAUUUGGGGAAUAAAUUAAAAGGGGUGUAGUUGUUGCUAGAUAAACAUAUGUAAUAUAUAUGCAUUGAAGAGGUUUGUAAAUGUCAUUUUUUUUAUUCAGACGGAAAGCAAAAAGCUUUAAAACCUUUCACAGUAGAGAGGCAGUUAACUCCAGACUAUUCCUAUCCCAGUAGCCAAGUUGAUAGGACAUCUCUCUUAAAUUAACAUUUAUAAAUAGACUCUCUGAAUGUUUCCAUCUCCUAGUGGAAAAAGCAUAACUUUUAAUGCUAUAUUUCUGCACCUCAUUUACUUCAGUGUAUAAUACGUUGACUAAAACUGUAAAGCUUCUCAAUUUUUACUGCGUAUGUGUUCCAAUUAAUCUAUGUCUGUAACAAACUUAAGACUGGAAAAUUAUUUCUGACCUAUAUUCUAGUUCUAUGAAGCAUAUAUACUAUAAGAUAUGUCUGACUGAAUAUCAUGAUACUAUAAUUUCCCAAGCAACAUAGAAUUGUUUGCAUUUAAAGCAACAAAACAAAAGCACUUGAUUUCUUUUUCAUAGGAAAAAGUAAUUUACCCCUUAAAUGUGUUAAAGCAGCUGCUGGCUGUGAGGGCAUUUCUGUUCUUUUCCUUGUUCUGCCACAUAACCACUAAGGGACACCUCUGGCCUCUGUUAUGCCAUUCGGGCUAGGUGAUCGAGUGAUCCCUUCUGGCCUUCAGCUCCACAGGUAACUGAAGGGAGCAGGAGCGCACGCACGCUGCCAGCAGCUCACACAGGAGCUCAGCCUGGGCUCAGCCAGCUCCCCAGCAGCUCCCCUCCUUUCCAAAGCCACUGAGCUUUGGGUGAGACACAGGGUAUGGAGACAGACCUGGAUGCACCAGGCACGGGGAGAAGGAGGGAGGCAGAAGCUCCCUCUUUGCUCCUCUCUAAUGCACCCAGCAUGGCAUGCAUCUCCCCCUGGGACAGGACCGGGCAGCUCCCAGCACUUCUCCUGCCCCCUCAUGUGCAUCACAGCCAAGUCCAGCCCCAAACAAACACUGCAGUGCAAGUUUCUGCAAUUUUUUUAAGCCUGUCACAUCUUUUUCUGGCUUUCAAGGGAAACAGCUAAAAUAAUCAUUCAUUGUUAUCGCUGAUCCUAAAUACCAUGAUACACUGAGGACAUGAGUAAAGCAUGGGUCAAAGUUGGUUUUAACUAUUCACUGCACAACACAAAGUAUUCAAGGAUUUGGUGCGUGAAUCUCAGAAAACAAAUUUCAUCUUUGGUUGAAAAAUUAUCUUCAAGCAAACUGUUAAUAAAUAAAUAGAGGAAUUAGGCAACUCUUUUAUCUAAUUACCAAGGUACCACUGUGGCUCCGCUUGUUUUAGAAACUGAACAUUGCUGUGGAUGUCUGCCAAGUAAACUUAUAUGUGAAGCUGGGUAGCAUUUAAAAUAAAACUGUUUUAAUCUAAAUCUGUUCUUGUAACUGUGUGUAGGAGACUCCCUUGACUUCUACAGGACCAGCAUUAGAGCUGGUAAAAAAAGUCCCACCCAAAUCAAUCAGCCACCAUAAGCAUAUUCCCAGCACCUGCUACUGAACUGAAGUGGGCGGAAAACCAGGUAAUUUACACAUGGGGAUGCAUGAAGUCAUUAAGGUCCCACUUCAAACAGGUUUUUAAAUCUGUGCUUAGCCCAACCAGUGUCAGCUGGAAAACACACAUCCUAAAAAGCCGGGCACCCAGGAGUUCCUGUGAAUGGUGUCUCAGCAAACCUGUCUUCAUUCACAGCUCCUGUUGGUUAACACACAAGUUGUCAUCUCAAAAUCCCAUGAAAAGCUUUGCUAUCUGGAUGUGCCAUUGUAUCAUCAACUUCUUUUGGUCUUUAGGUUUACAUCUAUCCCAAAUUAUUGCAGUCGUGGCCCUUUAGCUGCGACAGAAAUCACCAAAACAGGGUUCUCUGUAGUAUAUUAUUUUUGUUAUGGACUACUAUGUUUGACAUAAUGGUGACUGUGUAACACAAAAGUCCUUUCUAAACACACACAAAUGUUGCAAAAAAGUGUCAUCACAAGACCUUGCAACCCUGCCAGGUCAGUGAAAAUGUACCAUUUGUACCUAAACAGAAGGAAAGACUUACAAGGACGUAUAUCACUAAGUGUUGAUUCAGUAUGAAUAGUAUGUUUUACCUUUUAAAAUGUUACUACUUUUCCAUUCCACUCAUAGUAACUUGUCAACUGUAAUUUUUUUUAAGUCAACAAAGACUGUAAAGAAAACUGUUGAAAUACCUGAUUUUCUGUAAAAAGUAAUAACAAUAAUUUUUGUUACUUUAAAGUAUGCUUGGUAUUAAAGUACCUAAUAAAGUUCAACAAUGAAUUUUGUAGCAUACUAAAAU